UAUUUAAAGGUCUUUCUUUUUCAGUGUCAGUGUAACUUUGCUAAUUCUGUGUUUUGUUUCAGGACUACUCAUGAGUUCUUGUUUGGUGCCCUUGCUGAACUUGUAGAUAAUGCCAGAGAUGCGGAUGCCACAAGAAUAGACAUUUAUACUGAACAGCGAGAGGAUCUGCGAGGUGGAUUCAUGCUGUGUUUUCUGGAUGAUGGAACGGGAAUGGAUUCAAGUGAAGCUGCCAGUGUGAUUCAAUUUGGUAAAUCAGCCAAGCGAUCACCAGAGUCAACUCAAAUUGGGCAGUAUGGGAACGGCUUGAAAUCGGGUUCCAUGCGUAUUGGGAAAGAUUUUAUCCUGUUCACGAAGAAGGACAACACCAUGACUUGCCUCUUCCUGUCACGGACGUUUCAUGAGGAAGAAGGCAUUGAUGAGGUCAUUGUUCCCCUGCCCACCUGGAACACACGGAGCCGAGAGCCUGUAACUGACAACAGGGAGAAGUUUGCUAUUGAGACUGAGCUAAUUUACAAGUAUUCCCCUUUCAAGUCAGAGCAGGAAGUGAUGGAGCAAUUUAACAAGAUCCGUGGAGAAAAAGGCACCCUGGUGAUCAUCUUUAACCUUAAACUAAUGGAUAAUGGAGAGCCAGAGCUGGAUGUGACGUCUGACCUCCGAGAUAUUCAGAUGGCAGAAACACCCCCAGAGGGAACAAAGCCUGAGCGUCGCUCCUUCCGUGCCUAUGCUGCUGUGCUUUACAUUGAUCCCAGGAUGAGGAUCUUCAUAAACGGGCACAAAGUACAAACCAAGAGACUUUCAUGCUGCCUCUACAAGCCAAGGAUGUACAAAUAUACUUCAAACCGUUUCAAGACCCGUGCGGAGCAAGAGGUGAAGAGAGCAGAGCACAUGGCAAGGAUAGCGGAGGAGAAGGCUCGAGAGGCAGAGAGUAAAGCCCGUGCACUAGAACUGCGCCUAGGAGGGGAUCUCACACGGGAGUCCAGGGUGACAUUACGUCAAGUCCAGAACUCUGCAAUCACCAUGCGCAGGGAGGCUGAUGUCAAGAAAAGGAUCAAGGAUGCAAAGCAGCGGGCACUGAAGGAACCCAAAGAACUGAAUUUUAUCUUUGGUGUGAAUAUUGAGCAGCGGGAAUUGGAUGGCAUGUUCAUUUAUAAUUGCAGUCGACUGAUAAAGAUGUAUGAGAAGGUGGGCCCACAGCUGGAGGGUGGCAUGGCAUGUGGUGGAGUGGUAGGUGUGGUGGAUGUGCCCUAUUUGGUUCUGGAGCCAACCCAUAAUAAACAAGACUUUGCUGAUGCCAAAGAGUAUCGACACUUGUUGAAAGCCAUGGGAGAGCACUUGGCUCAGUAUUGGAAGGAUGUUGCUAUAGCCCAGAGGGGUAUCAUCAAGUUCUGGGAUGAAUUUGGUUAUUUGUCAGCAAACUGGAACCAGCCUCCAUCUAGUGAACUGCGCUACAAACGUCGAAGAGCCAUGGAAAUUCCUACCACAAUUCAGUGUGAUGUAUGUCUGAAAUGGCGGACUCUCCCAUUCCAGCUGAGCUCAGUGGAGAAGAACUAUCCUGAUAGUUGGGUAUGCUCUAUGAACCCUGAUCCUGAACAAGACAGAUGUGAAGCUGCAGAGCAGAAGCAGAAAGUGCCACUGGGAACUCUGAAGAAAGACUUGAAGUCACAGGAAGAAAAGCAAAAGCAACUGACAGAGAGAAUCCGCCAGCAGCAAGAAAAACUGGAAGCUUUGCAGAAAACCACUCCAAUUCGAUCUCAAGCUGACUUAAAGAAACUGCCUCUGGAGGUGACCACGCGGCCUGCAGGAGAGAACAGCCAGUCAGUGACCAGACCUCAGCGCCCACGAUCUCCUCCUUUACCUGAUGUAAUUAAAAACGCUCCCAGCAGACCACCACCACCCAAGCCUCUUCCAAAGUCCAUCAGUCAGCAGAAAAAGAGUUCUCCAGCUCAGCCAAUUGUUAGCACUCCCAAACUGGCAAGUGUGCUCUCCAAGGAGGAGGCCAGUACUUCCAGGACACACCAGCACACUAUGACAGCUGGAAAGUCUAACAGCACUUUAAGAACUCUUGCCAAACCAGCUACAGCAGCAAAGCCACCCUCUGCUGUCCUGCAGAGUCCCAAGAGCCCACGUGAGAUACCUAGUCCAAAAACUGCAAAGGUGCCAGUUCUAAAGAAAUCUGUUGCUGUGAAAUGUGCACAGGCCUCCACCACCCGGAAGAGGACUUUAAAUACCACAGAAGAUGGGUCUGAGGAGGAAGUGGAGCAGAAGAAGGAGAAGACUAAACGGGGCAAAUUUGUGGUAGUGAAAGAGGAGAAGAAGGAUUCUAAUGAGGUGGUGGUAGAGCUCACAGACAGUGCAGGGGAAGAAGAGCUAGCAGAACUGAAGAAAGCUCAGAAAGAUAAAGGGCUGCAUGUGGAAGUGCGUGUGAACAAGGAGUGGUUCACAGGCCGUGUGACGGCUGUGGAAACAGGCAAGAAUGCAGUACGCUGGAAGGUGAAGUUUGAUUAUGUUCCUACAGACACCACACCGAGAGAUCGCUGGGUAGAGAAGGGCAGUGAGGAUGUGAGGUUGAUGAAGCCUCCCUCUCCAGAGUACCAGACUCCAGACACGCAGCAGGAAGAGGAGGUUAUUGCGGCUGAACCUUCUACCUCAGACUGUAUCAGAAUUGAGCCAGACACCACUGGUCCCAGCAGCAGCCAAGAAACAGUAGACUUACUAGUUCAGAUCCUUCGGAAUUGUUUGCGAUACUUCUUACCUCCAAAUUUUCCCAUCUCCAAGAAGGAGCUGAGUUCCAUGAGCUCAGAAGAGUUGAUGGCAUUUCCCUUGAAAGAGUAUUUCAAACAAUAUGAAGUAGGUCUGCAGAACCUGUGCAAUUCAUAUCAGACACGUGCUGAUGCCCGGGCCAAAGCUUGCGAAGAAAACCUCCGCAACUCGGAGAAAAAGCUGAAGGAAACAGAAGAGAAACUGCAGAAGUUGAGGACUAACAUUGUGGCACUGUUGCAGAAAGUGCAGGAGGACAUUGAUAUUAAUACAGAUGAUGAGCUGGAUGCAUAUAUUGAGGACCUAAUCACCAAAGGAGACUGAGCAGCCCCGUUACAGACCCUGGAGAAAUGCAGAAGAGUUGGUUGCUGUGAUCAGAGAUGUGGAUUCCUGCAGGGGAGGACUGUGGCAGCCAAUGAGAGGGGAGGGUUUUUAGACUGUAAUUACGUUGUGUUGGUGUACAACUUGUUCUUGUGACUAUAUAUGAAAAAGACAUUUGUGCUGUUGGCAGGAAUGUUUUUAACAUUGUAGUUCUUCAAAUCUCUUCUUUCUGUUUAUAAAUAUUUAUUUUUAAAAGAAACAGGAACUGUGCCUGGUAUGAUGGGAAGGUUGCUGAGUAUUUUUAGUGAGGUAAGAGUGUGAGUACACUUUUUGCAUCUGGGGUAUACUGAUAUGCUAAACCCAGAAGAUCAGAACAUCCUGCCUAGUAGGUUGUCUCAAGGAAGUAUCUGAAAACAACAUAAAAAUACUGAGGCCUUGAGUUAGGGAACAGGAGGGUCAGUAUGUAGACUUUUGAGAUAUUAAACUUAGGCUAGAGAAAGCCAAGUCAGGAUUUGAGCUACACAGAGGAGAUCAAAACAUACUUCCUAUGUGAGCAUGAGGGGAUGGGAUGAAAUCUUGAGGGUUCUGACAAAGCUGAGGGCAAAUAGUGUCAGUGUCAUCGGGUUUCUGUAAGUAGGUGGAUUGAUUCAAGAUGCUAACUUUUCUCUGAGAACAAGGAUCGUUUUUAAGGAGUCUGGCUUGCUAGACUGCUAGCAGUGUGUGGUGAUCAUCAGAGGGAGAAAGAGUUGGAAUUCAGAUUCUUUUCUAGCAGUCACCUUAUUGCACACUUUUACUGCUGUUUCUUUGAGGCAUAAUUUGCAAGGACAGAAGAACUUGACCAGCUGAAAAUAAAGUGACCGUCUGUUCUAAUGUCA